AUGAACCAAUUGGCAAGAUUUCUUUUGUUGUUGGCAUUGCUGAUCUCCACCAAGACACGAGUUGUCGCAGCUCUUCGAGAUCCCUUGGAUCGGCCCAACUUUGUCCUCUUCUUUGUGGAUGAUCUGGGAUAUGGAGAUCUGGGAUUUACAGGACAUCCCACAACCUCCACUCCCAACAUUGACAGACUUGCUUGGAAUGGUAAAACUUUGACAACUUGGUACUCUGGAUGCGCUCUAUGUUCAUGCUCCAGAGCCGCUCUCAUGACAGGGCGCCAAUAUCCAAGAACGGGAAUUCGACAGGUGCUGGGAACUGUUGAUGACCUAGGGUUGCCACUGGAGGAAGUCACUAUUGCAGAGCAGCUCAAGAAAGUAAACUAUACCACUGGGAUAGUUGGAAAAUGGCAUCUUGGUCAGCGAUUGGCAUACUUGCCAGGAAACCAAGGCUUUGAUUAUUAUCUGGGAAUUCCAUACAGUGAUGACAUGGGAAAUGGCAAGCAGACAAGUUGUCCUGGAAACAAAGCCGAGGAUCCCACAGAACCGGUGCAGGAGCACUUGAAGGGGAAACCAAUACCUCCUCCAGAUGGUGACUAUGCUGCCUGGUAUCUUCCGCUUCUCUAUCAAGAACACAACAAGACAAGAAUCAUUGAACAGCCUCUGGAUCUCACAAAGCUGGCACAAAAGUACAACCGUUUUGCAACAAAGUUUAUUGAAGACAACAAAGAUGAACCCUUUUUUCUUUACUUUCCUUUCAACCAUGUUCACACAACAUCAGGGAACAAUGACAAGUGGGAUACUAUGCCCAAUCGACAAUUUGCAUCCUGUGAAUUGAAGAACCGCACCAAAAGAGGGGCAUUUGGAGAUGCUCUAGCAGAAGUUGAUUGGAUGAUUGGCAAUGUGUAUGAGACUCUGCAACGUUUGGGACUAGAAGAAAAUACAAUGAUUCUAUGGACAAGUGACAAUGGUCCGGCAACCCCACGGCGCUUUGAUGCAGGAAGCUAUGGAAUCUUCAGUGGGGAGUAUGCUGGGUAUCCUUGGACUGGGAAAGCCAGCACUUGGGAAGGUGGCAUCAGAAUGCCUGCCUUUGCUCACUGGAAAGGACAAAUUCAACCCUUCAGUAGAUCUUCUCAAACAAUCAGCUCCAUGGAUGUGUUCCCUACAUUCUCACACCUUGCAGGUGUACCUUUGCCUUCGGGUAUUGUCUUGGAUGGAAGAGACAUGGCAGACAUUUUGCUGCAGGAGAAUGGUCAGUCAAGGCAUGACUUUCUGUUCUUCUAUGGCUUCUGCAAUGGCCAUUGGCCUCGGACCGGAGUUACUGCCGUAAGACAUGGCCCCUACAAGGCGCACUUCUGCACAUCACCUGGGCUUGGUGCUGGUCAUGAGAGCAUGACAGUUCAUUACAACAAGUAUCCAUUGCUUUUCAAUGUGGAAGAAGACCCAAGUGAGACAUUUCCAAUCUGCGAUGGGAACACCUUGCCAGAAAAUGACCCAGAUGCCCGUGCUGCUAUUGAAAGGAUUCUGAGAGCAUAUGCCAUGGAAAAGGCAACAUUUGAGUAUGGCAAGAUCCCACCACUUCCCCCAGGCCCUGGAGAAGGCAAGGGUCACUAUGGUGUGUGUUGUAACCGAUCCACAAACUGCUCUUGUGAAUCACUGUGGGAUGAUAACUUCCAAAGUAGGCUUUUCACUGUGGGAUCAGAAGAGCAUCAUGCAAGGUACCAUGAGUAUCUUGGGGAAGAGAACCACAUGAAGAGAGCCACAUGA